AUGGCUUCGAGUGCUGGCCCUUCACGAGUAAAGGCAUCGUCCGGCGAUCCGCAAAGCCUGGCGAUGAAGCUGUACGACCAGUGCCUUUCCAGCUUCCCGGCAGACCAUCUCUUCUACCAGCAGGACUUGCUCGGCCUAGGAGUCAUACCAAACGAAGACCUGGCUCUGCUCUUAAGGUGCACUCAGAUUCUAGUUGACCAGAGCUUGCUUCGUCUCCUGCAGGCAAAGGAUGACCGUCUUGCAUGGAAGAUCAUCGCGCAGUCAGAUGCCGAAAAAUUACAGAAUCUCAACGGCGAGGAACGUUUGGUAUACAAUGUAAUCCAUUCGACAGGGCGGAACGGUAUCUGGACCAAAGUCAUCAAGACACGGACAAACUUACAUCAAACUAUUAUGAACCGAUGUCUGAAAUCUCUUGAAGCGAAAAAUUAUGUCAAAUCCGUCCGGAACGUCAAAUAUCCUUCAAGAAAAAUAUACAUGCUAUCGGGCCUACAACCCAGCGAGGAAAUAACUGGAGGUGCAUGGUUUACAGACGGCGUGCUAGACGCAGAUUUCAUUCGUGGUCUCAGUGGCUGGAUUGAACACUGGGUCAGCGCAAGGAGCUGGAACUCCCCAGGAGCUGAAGACCAGCCCAAAGGGAAGAAGCGGAAGUUGCCGGCCGAUGAUUCGGAAACACAGUACAUCCCAUAUCUACCGUCAUACCAGGGUCAUCCAACCACAGCUGAUAUCACAAAGGCCAUAAAUGGAUCUGGGCUCACACCUGUAACCAUGGACGAAGGAAGCAUUUCCCAACUCCUGCAGAUGCUCUGUUACGAUGGAAGGCUGGUCUCCCUUCGAGAUGGAGCCGCAUAUCGAAGCGUCAAAAAGCCGAAUGAAAUCUCCCUCCAGCGUGACCUGGGCCUUCAGGGCCCUGACGGAGGCGCUAAUGAAGGCUCCUCCUUGGGGUCAAAUGGCAUGACGGAAGCCCCCUGCGGUCAAUGUCCUGUAUUUUCCCUCUGUCGCCCAGGAGGGCCUGUCAACGCCGAGAACUGCGAGUAUUUCAACGAAUGGCUGAAAAGCUCUGCAUUAUCUUUUUAA